AUUUUUUUUUACUUACUAGAAUCUUACUGUAUUUUCAAAAAUAUUUUAUUGUCUUAUGCAAUGCAUAGUCUUUUGAUGGUAUCCAUUAAUUACAUGACUGAUUGCGAUAAUUACCUGCUAUAUGACCGCCGAAGCAACUCCUCAACACUUCAUCCCUUUUUCCCUUCAACCAAGCCAACCCUUCACACUCUCUAUCAGCCUUUUUAAUCAUCCCUCAUCACUCUUCAUCGCUUCAUCACCACUUCGCAGACACUCAGCUAAACCUAAAAUUAUCCCUUUACUCUGACCCUCUCAAAACCGGUGAUGAAAGCAGUGACUCUUCUAAAGACCAAGUCUUGAGCUAGAAAAGAGCUGGUAAGAGAUCCAUGGACCAUACCCCAAAAGGUACUGCAUACAAGAGGGUAAAAGGAAAGUGUUGAUUUUGGGCCUAAGGACAAGAUGAUUUUCUACGGACCACCGGAGAAAUCCAAGUGUGAAUCUUACAAAUCAAAGUUCAUGGCAUAUGCACACACUUUAAGCUACACUCUGGUUGAAGAUGUGUGGGUAAGACAAGUGAAAGCACCAGAGGCACCAGGAAAUGUUAAACCACCUUCUGAGCCAGCUGAGAUACAGUCGACUGCUCCUAGCAACCUACAGCGGAUUAAGCAAAGGUUGGAAGGCCUAAAGAGAAAGCUCACAACCAUGCCGGAACAAGUAGAUAAGAUCAGAGAAGUAACCAAGGAGACAUGUACAGAUGUAGCUAAGCUAAGGAUGGACAUUGGAGCUACCAAAAAGCAAGGGAUCAAGGCUUUCUAGAACAUGACAAUCAAGAUGGAUAAUCUUACAAAGAAUGUUGAGACCUCAUAUGACUCUUUCUACACCAAAACUAUCAAAACACUCAAGUACUUUAAAUGGAAAAACUAAGGCCGACUAUGUGUUUUGUCUAAAAUAAUCUUUUGCUGAUACUUUUACUAUUAGUUAUUUUUGGACUAGAUGAACUUAUUUGCUACUAUGCCUCUGUUGUAGGCAUAUAUCUAAUGUUAUUAGCAUAUCUAUAUCUCUAUGUUGUAUUUGUUUUGCCUAGUCUUGCAUUAUUCUCUCCUUUUUGAUUGAUGUCAAAGGGGAGAAAGGAAGAGGCAAUAAGUCAUGGGGAGCCCCAGUUCAACAACACAUGAGGAGCACCAAACAUACAGGGAAGUAUCAUCUACAUUAUUACUUUUUUUAAUUGUCAUCAUCAAAAAGUGAGAGAUUGUUAAACUUUAAGUUUUAUUGAUGACACAUUUAAUAAUGGUAAUACUCAUCUCUUUCCAAUAUGUGUAGGAAAAUUGAUAAAUGGAAGGGAAAGAAGCAAUAACUGCGAAAGGAAAGAAAUACAAGUGAUGCAAGUGAUCUGUACAGAUUCAAGAGAUCAAGACAAGAGGAAGAGCUAAUUGAAGUACAAAUAUCUGAUAUCAUAGGAAAAUCAAAGGAGCAUCAAUUAGACAACUCAACAUACUAAAAGAUUUGUUGUGUAAAAGGAAAGAUAAAGACAUUAACUCUCAAUCAACUUAACUAUCCAAAAAUCCCUCAGAAGGAUAUGGCAAACGUAAGAAAGGAAAGUGCAGUUUGUUAUAUGAAUCCAAUCCACAUCUAUUGACUGAUUCAGAGGCAUCCCUUGGGUCAGUCUCUAAGAAAAUUACUUGCCUCAAUCAAAGGAAUUUCUCAAUCUCACUCACAAUCAAUGAAGAUCUUGGUGACUGAAAUAACUCAAGACAUCAACCACUGCCUAUAUGAAGAACUCGGAGAAGAAGAGAACAGUGCGCAACUUCACAUACAAACUUUCUACAUCUUUCUAGUUGUUAGUAAAAUACGGUAUUCGUGAGUUUACUAGUGUCACAAAAUAUAGAAAGAAAAAUAAAAAACAAUCAAGAAGUUCUGUCAAAAGCUUGAAAAACAUUCAAAUGUACAUUGUUGUGGUAAACGAAGGAAAACCACGACCGUUGUAAUAAAUCAACUUUGAAGAUCUAAGAGAACCCUUAUGCCCCAAGGAAAUUUGAUG